AUGAUCACUUCGGUCCUAGUGCCCACUGCUCUCGCAAUACUCUCGCCGAUCAUCCUCUUGAUCUGCAGGAUCCUAUAUCGCAACAGAACCUCUCCUCUGCACUUCGUUAAUGGCCCGGCCGGUGCAAAUUUUAUCCUCGGACACUCAAAUUUGAUUAUGGACGUUCCCGCAAUCACUGAUGAAUGGCGGGAGAAAUUCGGGGCGACAUUCAUGGCGAAGGGAUUCUUUGGCGAAAACGAGCUGCAUACCAAAGACCUCAAAGCGGUAGCCCAUAUGGUCUCUCGCGGCACAAUUUACCAAAGAACAACAUCAUCCUUGGCGCAAAUCACUCGCCUCCUUGGAGAGGGCCUCCUGUCCGUCGAGCACGAUCCACACAAGCGCCAACGACGGGUUCUCAAUCCCGCUUUCGGUGUUGCGCAAGUCAGGAUGAUGAAUGAAGUGUUCAUAGAGAAAGGAAACAUGCUGCGAGACCUGCUGCUGGAAGAGGUCAAAAAAGGCAGCGGAUCAGCCAUUGUUGAUCUCUCCGGCUGGAUGAGCCAGGUCACCCUGGAUAUUAUCGGACAGGCCGGAUUCGGGUACCAAUUCAAUUCCUUGGAAUCCCGUGGAAAGGACGAGGCCGAGCUCAGCACUGUCGUUCGCUCGCUGUUUCACUCUCCGAACGCCAAUGUCUAUCAAACCGUGCAGCUCGCGCAAGCGGUUCUUCCAGUGCUGCAACUCGUUCCACUUCCAGGCUGGCAGAUUAUACGUCUCGCUCAAAGGAAACUGCGCUCAAUUGGGACGCAGCUGAUGUACAAAUCCAGUCGUGAAUCCGUUUCUGCUGCUGCCGCCGACAAGGACCUCGGAAAGAGUAGGAACCUGCUUGCUCUUCUCAUCAAGGCGAACAGGUCGAGUGAUGUCCCUGCCAGUCAGAAACUGAGUGAUGAGGAGGUGAUAUCGCAGAUUCCGACGUUUGUUCUUGCAGGGCACGAAACAACCAGCACGGCGCUUUCCUGGGCAGUGCAUGCUCUGUCGCAGCAUCGCGAAGUGCAGGAGAAGCUCCGCCAGGAAUUAUUCUCGCUCCCCACUGACCAUCCCACCAUGGAUGAACUCAAUGCACUUCCGUUCCUCGAGAACUUCAUCAGGGAGUCAAUGAGAUUAUACGCGCCAGCUGUGUUAGUGCAGAGAAUGGCAAGCCAGGACGACAUUCUGCCUCUUGCAAAGCCUUAUCUGGAUCGUCAAGGCGUGUCGCACGACACUCUCCCGAUCCGUAAAGGCCAAGUCCUCACAAUCCCCAUCCUUGCGAUCAACACAGACAAGGAAACUUGGGGUGAAGAUGCUCUAGAAUUCAAGCCAGAGCGGUGGGAUCAUCUCCCCGAAGCGGUGAACUCUGUCCCGGGCGUCUGGGCAAACCAGAUGACAUUCUUCGCUGGCUCGCACAACUGCAUUGGCUUCCGCUUCAGUCUUGUCGAACAGAAGUCUAUUCUUUUCACGCUUCUUCGCACAUUGCAGUUCUCUCCCGGAGCUGAGAUCAUCGGGCCGAUCCUCAGUAAUGUGCUCCAGCGACCUGUGGCAUUUGAAUCAGGAAAGGCCGGCUUAGUGUCGACCGGGAAAUUCCCGGUCAUGCUCAAGGAGUAUACAGAUGAAUGA